UUAAAUACUUUGUGAAUGAGAUUUCAUCAAACCGUCUCGUUAAAGUUCAACUGAAUUAUCUGCUCAGGUGAUUCAAAAUUUUAAACCAGAUCUCCAAUUCAGUCUAAUUGGCUUUGUACAAAAGACCUGCAAUCAAUUGUUGUGAUUUCCGGAAACUGGUUGUGACUGUGAGUUGAACUGUGAACACUGGUUGUGACUGUGAGUUGAACUAUGGGUAACGGUGAGUGAACCUCACGUGAGUACGGUGACUUCUUCAUCCCUGAGUGACUCUACGCGGACUGAACCGUCAAUCCACUAUGGUGUCCGUCACACAGGUGCUACUGCCAGCCACCCCAGCCCGGCUGCUGCUACUUCUACUCCGAGGUGUCGGUGCGGGCGGAGGGGUCACGGGUGGGCGUGGGCGGAGUGGGUGUGGUCAAGUGCCACCUGGCUGGUGCUGUCGUGGGCGGCUGGUCUGUGGUGUCGUGGCUCGUCCAGGAGACCCCGUCUGCUGCCCCGGUCCCCAUCCCUGAUGCUGGCCGGUACGUGUACGGGUCGGGGAGGACGUUGUACGUCCAGGAGGUGACGCAGACGGACGCCCACGCCUCCUUCAUGUGUCGCAUGAGGCAUCGCGCCGCCCACACGCCCAUCACCAGCCCGCCCACCUCUCUCACCGUGCUAGCUGCGCCCCUGACGGACACCUCUCCCAGGAUGGACCCCGAGAUGAACAGGAUGGUGCAGGUGGUGGAGGGCCAGCCCUUCACCAUCCCCUGCCUGGCCCACGGUCACCCUCCCCCACACUACAGUUGGUCACGUGACGGUGUGAGCGGGGAGCUGGGCACUGUGGGUGCCAGCAUGGGCGUGAGCGGUGGGCGGGUGUGGGUGCGGGGUGCAGUGGCGGGCGGGGCGCGGGCGGGGCCAGCCGACGCGGGCGGCUACACCUGCGUGGCGGCCAACGGGGCGGGCACCGACACCGCCCACUUCACCCUCACCGUUCUCCAGGAGCUCCAGGUCACCGCCCACCCCCCGCUCCAGAUGGUGCCCGCCGGCAGUCGCGUGACGCUUGGCUGUCAGGUACAAGGUACGCCGGUGUCCGAGGUCCGCUGGUACAGGGACGGUACAGCCCUGCACCCCCACACUCACUCCCACAUGGUCCUGCAGGGGCGGGACAGUCUGGCCAUCGCUGGUGUGGCAGAAAGGGACUCUGGAAUGUACCAAUGUGUGGCAGCCAACAGCCUGGGGGAGGCCCAGGCGACCAUCCAGCUCUCCAUCAGAGACUCGCCGCCCAUCCUCCGCCACACUUUCAUUGAGCAAACCCUGCAGCCCGGGCCGCCCGUAUCCCUAAAGUGCACGGCGCUGGGCCACCCCGCCCCCGUCGUCACCUGGAUGCUGGACGCACGCCCACUCACGCCCUCUGGCGCCCACUACGGCGGUCAGCGAGUGGGCGUAGGCGCCUGGGUGGACGUGGGCGGGCAGGUGGUGAGUCAGGUGAACAUUAGCAGCGUGGAUCACCUGGACGGAGGCACGUACACCUGCACAGCUAUCAACACGGCUGGCAAAGUUCACCACUCAGCCAGACUCAACGUGUACGGUCCACCCACGACGCGGACCCCUGGUAACGUCAGCGCCGUGGAGGGCACCGAGGCGUCCCUCGUCUGUCCCGUCGCUGGAUACCCGCUGGCGACGGUGUCGUGGACGCUGCACGGUCGUCCGCUCACCUCCACGUCGCGUAGGACGCCCCGGGGCGACGGGACGCUGGUGAUCCAGAGCGUGGAGGCUGAGCACGACGUAGGCCACUACUCCUGCACAGCCACCGACGCUCAGGGACGCUCAGCCACUGCCACCUUUUUCCUCGCUGUCGUCAAGCCGCCGGUGUUGGCAGAACUCAAGUUCCCCGAGGGUCUGGUGGAGGGGAUGAGGCUGUCUGUGGCGUGUUCCCUGCUGAGUGGUGACCUGCCCAUCAGUCUGAGGUGGUCGAGGGACGGCCGCCCGCUGCCCAGGGACCCCGUGCUCACAGAGACCCACUCACAGUUCUUCUCCAACCUGGUGUUCUCGGACAUCCGCGGCAGGCACGCCGGCGAGUACACCUGUACUGCCUCCAAUUCCGCCGCCUCCUCCACCGCCUCGGCCACCAUGCACGUCAUGGUGCCUCCGUCGUGGGUGGUGGAGCCGCACGACGUGGCGGUGGUGGGCGGGGAGGAGGUGGCCCUCGAGUGUCACGCCCAGGGCACUCCCCCACCCACAGUCACCUGGAAGAAAAGCACAGAUGAUGUGGGCAUGGAGGAGGGAUCGGUGGUGGUGGAUGAUGGGUGGCACAUCAGAACACCACGGGCGGGCUCCCUCAGGAUCAGGGAUUCUCGGGCUGAGGACAGUGGGCGCUACCUCUGCCAUGCCCAGAAUGACGUCAGCCCACCCAUCACCAAGAUGAUCUCGCUCUCAGUCCUUGAGGGCGCCCGAAUGGAAGAGCGGGUGCUGAACGAAUCUGCUGCUGUGGGAGACAGUCUUGCCCUGCGGUGCCCUGCCAGGGGUGACCUGCCUCUUGACUUCACUUGGGCACGUGAUGGCCUGCCCCUACCCGGAGGACUGUCGUCAGAGGCGGAGGUGCGCCUUGAGGAGGGUGGGAGGGUGUCGGUGCUGGUGAUCGCCUCCACCACACGGGCCCAUGCUGCUGUCUACACCUGCCAGGCCUCCAACCGCUAUGGUGCCGACUCAAGAACUUUCUUCGUCAAUGUUGUUGAGCGGCCGGAUCCUCCGGGUCACGUACACGUAAGGGAAGUGACAAGCCGCCACGUCUCCUUGGCUUGGGCGCCACCCUUUGAUGGAAACUCUCCCCUCACUCACUACCUUCUGCAACACUGGUCUGCCCAUGAUGCAAACCCAUCACCUAUUAACACCACCCUACCGCGGGACCUGACUCAAGCCACCCUGAAGGGUUUGUCUCCAGGACGUGCCUACCAUGUGCAGGUGUUGGCUGUGAAUGCCAGGGGGUCGUCACCCCCUUCGCCCACCCUUAGCAUCACCACGCUACAGGAGCCGCCCACAGCCCCACCUACACGCCUCCGAGCCCACGCCCGUCAGCAGGCUACUAUCACCCUCACCUGGCAGGCUCCAGCAGCGCACUUGAGUCCAGGCGAGGUGACCGGAUAUCAGGUUGGCUACCAGGAAGUGGAGCUUGGUGAGGAGGGGGAGUACCGCUGGAGGAGUGCCCGAGGUGGAGCCAUGACAGCAGAAAUCAUGGCUCUCAAACACUACACGGCCUACAGAGUCACCGUCAGGGCUGUCAACCAGGUGGGCGCGGGCCCUCCUGCACAACCUGUCAUUGUUACCACUAGUCAGGGAGUACCGUCAGUGCCCCCGGAGAACGUCAAGUGUGACCCUCUGUCCUCUCAGGCUGUCAGGGUCCGCUGGAACCCCCUCCCCCUCAACCUCUCCAAUGGUCCCGUUCAGGGCUACAAGGUCUUCUACAAGAGGACCUCAAACAUUGAAGGAUCUAAUGCAGUGGAGAUAAAGCGAACGACCAACUUGGAGACCAAUCUGCAGGGCCUGGGGCGCUUCACUAACUACAGCGUGAGGGUGUUGGCCUUCACAGCGGCGGGCGAUGGAGUUGUGUCCAUGCCGGUACUCUGUUCCACUCUGCAGGAUGUUCCUGGGGCGCCACCAGCAAUCCAGGCCCUUCCCACUGGUCGAGAAACAGUCAUGGUAUCCUGGCUCCCUCCAGCCCGCCCUAAUGGUGUCCUAACACACUAUACACUCUACUACCGUCCACUUAAUGCCCCUCAGGCCACAAGGAGUAUGGUAGUGGCGGCUGAUAAUGGUGCUGCGCUAUGGGCGGAGUUAAGCAGGGAGGUGGGGGCCCUGGACGCUCACGCCCGCUAUGAGUUCUGGGUCACCGCCUCCACCCGGGUGGGUGAAGGUGCCUCCUCCGCCAUCAUAUCCAAGACCCCUUCCUCUACAGUGGCAGCCAGGAUCAGGUCAUUCGGGCAGGUGGUGGAGGUGCAGGCAGGGUCGUCUUUGACACUGCCUUGUGCUGUGGUAGGCACUCCACCGCCAGCUGUCACCUGGACUCACCGAGGACGUGACAACAUUCCCCAGGCACAGACACUGCCAGACAACUCCCUGCACAUGUCGGUGGUGGGGGCAGAUGCUGCUGGCAACUACACUUGUCACACCCACAAUCCUAGUGGGCGUGACGAGGCCACCUGGGUGGUGCAGGUGAUUCAGACUCCGCCUCCGCCCACACUGAGAGUCCAGUAUGCCACGGAGACAGCCAUACACCUGUCCUGGGAUCCACCUGCGGAUGGUGGCAAGGCCAUUACAGGUUACGUCAUACGGUACAGCCUGGAGGAGGAGGCGGCAUGGGUGGAGGAGGUGGUGGAGCCAGGAGAGGCGACCUACAGCCUGCAGCAGCUGCGAUGUGGCUCCACCUACCGCCUGCAGGUGGCAGCCAUCAACCUGGUGGGGCGCGGAGAAGCCUCCCGCACCGUCAACACCAGGACCCGAGGCGCUGCACCCCGGCAGCCUCGCCACCAGGACCUGGUUAGUGUCAACUCCUCAUCCGUGACCCUCCACCUGUACACCUGGCCCUCCGGAGGCUGCCCCAUCACCUGGUUUGCUGUGGACUACAGAUCUCACUCAGAAGCUACCUUCACACCUGUGGCUUCCCAUUUGGCAGGGGAUACUGAUGCCGUCACCCUGCCAGAGCUGGCGCCUCUCACCUGGUACCAGCUUCGAGUCACAGCCCAUAAUGCUGCAGGGUCGGCCACGGCCAUGUAUGAUGUGGCCACAGCCUCGCUCACCGGAGCAACCCUGGCACCGGAGUCUGUGAUAGAGGUAGUUCAGAGCAGCGGGGCACCUCUCUUCCUGGACCCUCACGUGCUGGCACCGGUGGUGUCUGGCAUUGCCUGCACCCUCGCUCUCCUCUUGUGUGUGGGCCUCCUUGUAUCCAGAGGUCGUGCCCGCUUCAUCAAGGAUAACACUGAGGGCCCUGGAGAGGGGCAGAGAACCAGCGGGGGCCCCACCUACUCCCGCUCACUGGCCGAGCUGCAGAACCAUCGGAAUGACAGCCAGGAGCAGCUCUCCCCUACAGCCAGGGCCAAGCACGAUGAGGCCUACACAGUGGACGAGCCAUAUGAGAUCUGCCCAUACGCCACCUUCAGCUUACCGCCUGGUAGCGGCGGCGGCGCCCUCGACUACACGUUGCAGUUUCAGACGUUUGGCCAUCAAGACUGUUACGAAGGCCAGCCACAGCCACCAAGGUCCUCCUCCUUUAUGGGAGGAAAGAGGCGCGAGGGUGGUGGUGGUGGGGUGGGAGGCACUGGACCCACUGCCGAGAUUGCCUGCAUUUCCAGUCAACAAACCCUGCCUAUCUCCUCGGCGGGUGUCCGUGGGCGAACGUGCAGGCGGGACAAGGCAGGGGAGGAAGGUCGGGGGUCGGACAGCGAGCAGGACACCAGUGGCAGCCCUGGGGCCACACCUGCCCACGGGGUCAGGGAUACAUACAAGGUCCCUGUGCGUCUGAGGAGAGGUGCAGACUUCACAUUCCACCCUCCAGACUCGAGCACUGAGAGCAACGAUGAACGGUCCCCAGUCCCGCCUCGCCGCCCACCCCACCUUCAACAGCAGCAACAGCAGCAGCCAACCAACCCACCACCCACCCAACAGCAUGCCCACCCUCAGCAUGCCCGUAGACACCAUGCCUUCACUCCUGCACAUGCCCAUGUCCUAAGGUCAAACACGCUGGAGAGUGUGUAUUCAGUGGAGGGAGCGGUGGGUGGGCCACUGCGGCCUCCCACGGGAUUCUCAGAUUCCCGGGAGUUGUCAGAGGCCGAGUGCGAUCGCGACCCUCGCGAGGUCAGCCUUGGUGGAGCACAGAAGGCCAGAGGACCACAGCCAAGGCGGAGCUUCACCCCAGGGAGUGGCAACGACUACAGCAUCCACGUGUGAGUCCUCCCAGCACUCCACACACUGCCGCCCCCUUAUGUAUACCUGUACAAGUCCUCCCAGCACUCAACACCCUGCUGCCCUUAUAUAUGCUUGUAAGAGUCCUCCCAACACCCCAUACCCCCCUGUGUAUACCUGUAUAUAAAUCUACUGUGUAAUGACACCAAAUACACAUAUCAUCUUUUGA